GCAACCCUGUUUCCUUUAAGCGUCGCGUCACAUGGAAAAUUUAUUCAAUUGUAUCGGAAAUUAGAAUUCAACUCAAGUAAAAGCUGCAUUAAAUUCUGCUGUCAUUUGGAAAUGCAAAAUAAUUCACAAACCAAUACGCAAAGGACACAGGAAAGCCCCGUAACACCCAGUGAGUUGACGCCGCCACAGCUAACGGAGAUCGGUUUGCUCACCACCACGAGAAUGUCCAAGUUGCAGCAGUUGGCAAAGUUGCGGACGGGCAACCACAAUGACGAGCUCUUUGUGAAGCGGCCCACAUUCAGCAAGCGUGGCGCAGCCAGCGUGAAGCCAGCCGCCUCGCAGUUGGGGGGUGAAUGCCUGCCAACCGUCGACCUGGUGGAGGAGGAGAACAUUCGCACCAUUCGCACCCAAGUGGGGGCGUUGGAGCAACGCUUCACGCACUUCAUGAAUGGAUUGAGAGCGCAGCGCUGGAUGUGGAGCGAGUUUGCCCUGUCGUUUAUCGACGAGCCCAUUGCGGCCAGUGUGUGCUACGAUCUGGACAGGUUCAUGAAGGACCUUGGUUGCAUGAUUACGACCCGGACCAUGCCACGCCGCUGCUGGCAGAUGGUGCGCAAUCCGAUUGGCAAGCCGCGCCGCUUCUCGCGGGCCUUCAUUGCCUCGGAUGGGGGCGACUGGCAGAAAGUACGUGACCUUGUGCGGCAGAUGCAGCAGGGCACAUUCGAUAUAAAGCAGCACGAGACCAACUUGCCGCUCCUGCCCAGUCGCAUACCGAUGCCGCUGCCGAUGGACGCCAGGGUGACCGCCUUUCUGCCGAACGGAUUCGGGCACGGUGUCGUUGUCAGCCACGAGCCCAAGGACAACACAUAUCUGGUGCGGCUGAACAUUGGGGCCGAGAAGAGUUGGCUGCACUUGAUCGACACCCAACUGCAGGGGGAAAUGGGCUGCGAGAGUCUGCCGCUGUCCAUUAUGAUGGCCGUCACCGACGAACCUGAGCCCGAGGAAGUUGUCUACAAGCCGGAGGAAAAGGCGGCCACCUUCUCGAGUGCCGGCUACAGCCAAACGCUGCUGGAGUCCGUGGUGACGGUCAAGAAUCUCCUGAGCAUAAAGGACAAGACUGUCCGCGACUUUACCGCCCUGAACAAAGACUUUGAGAGUCUCUCGACUCAGUCGUCGAGUCGCCGCGAUCCGAAGGCGGAGCGCGAGCAGCAGCAGCGUCGUUUCGCGGCCCACAUGAUCACUUUGCAUCGCGUCAACGAUGAUAUGCUGGAGCCGUUGCGUGUCCUGCAUCAGUAUCUGGACGAGUACAAGGACGUGGAGGAUCAGAAGGCCAAGACGCUGUCGGCACGCGAACGCUUUCAGCAGUGCCGCCUGCAGGCCGACUUAGAUCUGAAGGCGGUCGAGACUCAGCUGGGGCUCGUGGUCAAAGCGGAUGCCACACGGGACUUGAUUCGCACCCUCCACACGAUCCUGUAUCUGUGCGGCGCAUUGAGCGGGGAAAACAGCUCCGACAUUCGCACCAUUAUCAAUGACAUUGUGGCCAGCACAAUGGAGAAUCUGCCGCCCGUUCUGUGUGCCCAGUUCAAGCAGAUGAUCUUCAAGAUUACACCGCUGUGCGAGUCCUUUGGACGCGUGCCAAAGCAGCCACAAGAGGAAGAAGAUGCACAGCCAAUGUAUGCCAACGAUUAUGAAAUGGUUGAGGAAAAUUAUCGAUCCUAUCAGCACCAGGGCCAACAGGAAACCUUUGUACAGCGCAACGCCCAAAUGCCUUCCCAGCAGGACGUUGGCGUCUUUGAGGACAUGAUGGAGCCACUGCUGCACAAUCUAUUGGAGGAGUAGAGAGAGCGUAACAGUGUUCCCAGUAGUGCGCAAUAAAGCCCUGCCAUAAUUUAUGGCAUAACUAGA